AUGGAAGAAGUAUCAUUAGAAAAUGUUAUUAGACGAUGUGGUGAUUUCAAUAGGUUUCAAUUAAUUCAUUAUAUCUUUUUAAGUCUUCUCACCAUCGGUAGUGGUAUUGCUGGGUUUUAUUAUGUAUUUGGUCUUGCUGAACCUGAUUUUCAUUGUCGAAUUUCUUCCAAUAUAUGGCCUGACAAUGAUAAAUUUCAUUUUUACAAUACUAAUUCUAGUCUUUUACUUGAUCAAUUCCAAAAUUCAACAUCGAAAUGUAAAGAUAUUAAUGGUAGCACAUGCAAUGAAUUUGUCUAUGAUCGAAGUAUAUUUGGACGAACAUUUACAGAAGAAGCUGGCUAUGUAUGUGAUAAUGCAAUAAAAAAAACAUGGCUUUCAACAGCUUAUCAAAUUGGAACAUUUGCAAUCUUAGUUACUGGAUCAGUUGCAGAUAAAAUUGGACGACGAAAAAUGAUUCAAAUUUUAACUAUUGAACAGUUUGCUAUUACUGGUCUUACUCAAACUCUUCUUCAAUUUAUCCAGAUGACUAUAUCAGCUGUCGAUAGUUAUUGUAUAGCUUUUCUCCUUAUAAUGGAAUUGACAUCAUCUACAUAUACAAGUUAUGCUUGUGGUCUUACAUUAAUUGUAUAUACGGUCGGAGAAAUUUUACUGGCAAUCUUUGCAUAUGUUUCACGUGAUUGGCUUUUACUUAAAUGGAUAAUUAGUAUCUAUUUUGCUAUUUCACUUCCUUAUCUUUAUUUUGUUCCAGAAUCACCUUAUUGGUUAUUAAGUCGAAAAAAAUAUAAUGAACUUGAAAUUUGUUUAAGAAAAAUGGCGAAAACGAAUGGAUAUUCAGAAGAUAAAUGGUUGCCUUUCUACAAUCAAUUAAUUGAUGAUACUCGUUUAAUAGAGACAACUACAAACGAAGGAAAAUCAACAAAACGAAAAUUUUUACGACAUUUACCACGAUUAGCUAUUUGUAGUUUUAUUGAAUUUGUUACUAUGUUAUUAUACACGAAAAUUUCGUAUGGACUAGCUGCAGCCAAUGGAACUUUGAGUCCUUAUUGGGAUUUUGUCAUUGGAGCUGUUGUUGAAGCUAUUGGAUAUUUAAUUGCUGCUAUUCUAAUUACGACUUUUUUAGGAAGAAAAUAUUCGUUAAUUAGUUUUGCUACUCUUACAUCAAUUUGUGUACUUACAAUUCCAUUUAUUAUGGAACAAUAUCCUCUUGCUACUAUUAUCGUUUCACAAUUGGGUAAAUUAUCAGUUAGUAGUACUAUAUCUGUUUCAUGGAUUUAUGUUCCUGAACUUUUUCCAACAGCAAUGCGAGGUUUAGCCAAUGCUGUUUUUGUUUUUCUUGGUAGUUUCGGAUCAAUUUUAGCACCAAUUGUUGAUGAAGCACUUGGUGAUAAAUAUGUUCGAAUUUCAUUUUAUGUUUAUUCAGGAUUAAUUAUUAUACUAGUUCUUAUUAUUUGUACUCUUCCAGAAACACAAAAUCGUUCAUUUGAUGAUGGAGAAGGCCAUAAUGACGUAACUCAAACUGAAGAAGAAGCCAAUAUUCAAAUAUAG